AUGAACUUUCUUAAGAAGUUUAUAGGAGCUACUCCUAUAGAUGAGGUGGCGCUGAUACCAUCAGUCAUUAGGGCUUACCAGGAAGGUGAGCUCAAUUUGGAGUCCGCAGAUGACGAGGAUGAUGGCGGAGAGUCAGACGACAGUAAUGAAGACAGCGGUAACAAUGACGAGAAGGUGUUUUCGAUUGACCCAGAGCUCAAAUUCAGGCUGUACACGAGAAGCGAUGGUGUGCAAGCUAUUUCAUGGAAAGACUUGAACGGAGACCUUGGUGAUCGCUUUGAAUUUGUCGUAGACGAAGACAUCAAGUACACUGAGGUUGAUAACUUUACUUUUAGCUUGUACAAGUGUUUGUACGAGCACAGAUACCAGAAGUCUGCAGACGACAUCACUGACAUUAGCCAACUCUCCGAGUUUGUCUAUGAUCCAAAUACAGAUGACGAAGCAGCAGAGAUGGACAAGUUUUCUCGUUUUGCAAUGUCAUGCGCAUCUUCUCAGGAUCUACGGUGA